UAUAGGCAUAAAGCCAUGAUUAGAGUUCAGAUUCCCAUUUUCUCAGCCUCUAAUGCUCAGAUGAAAAAGGUCUCAGCUUGAGGAAGAGGAAGGCGGACAGAAGGAACAUGUGGAAAAAAAGACUGAGACAGACAGAAGGUUCAUUUUUCCAGACAAACCAGCAACAGGACCUCUGCACUGCAGUCAUAUUUUCUGUUGUCUUGUGGUGAAGAUGCUCAGGUUUAUGAUUUUCUGUCAUGUCUGGUUUCUGAUCCAUGAUGUGAUCGACGGUGUUGAAAACUCCACAGAUCUUCAGGCUAAGAGCUUCGAGUUUCUGGCCAGUCUCUCUCCAUCAGAAGUGAUCCGGUUUUCAGUAUUGGAGGGUCAUCAUGUGUGCUUGCCAUGUGGGGGGUUUGCCGGCUCCAAUGUGAUCUGGACUCAUCAGAACCAGAGGGUCCUGGUGACAAGGCAGAGCAGCUACCAGACCAACCACUAUCGUCAGCAUUAUGUUCUGUUGAGUGAUGGUGGUCUCUGCAUGCUGAAGCUCGAGGAUUCAGACAGUGGAGAGUAUGAGUGCAACCAACGGCUGGUGGCUGAGCUGCAGGUGCUUACAGGACAUGACUUCACUGUAUCUACAGGCAGGACGCUUCUGCUUCCCUGCAGAGGCUCCUCUAAGUCUAAACACAGGUGGUUUAGACAGAGAGAAGGGGAGAAGGAGGAGGUCAUCUUCACCCGUUUCAGAAAUGGUACAGGGAAAGCAGAAAUAGACGGGAGUCGCCUGAGCUACGUAAAUGGCGCACUGCAGAUCGCAGACCUGCAGCCAGGGGACGCUGGAGCGUAUAUCUGCAACAGAGUUCUGCAGGCAAAACUCACCUUCCUGGAAGAGCAUCUUGUGCCAGCCAGCAUCCCAUCAUCUACCACAUUAAGAACAGUCUCAGCUGUGUCAGUUGUGUUUGAAACACAGAACCCACCUAAGAAGAGACCAGAGAAUGCUCUGCUGCUGGUCGCUGUCAUUGGUUUGGGGUUAAUGGUCGUCCUGAUCGCUCUAGUCUGUAUUUUCCUCACCAGCAUGAAGAGCAGAAAGAGGAGGAGACACAGAUAUGCAGCAAAAAGACAAGAAGAGACAGAGCUGCAGUUGUGGAUGACAUAUAACUCCCAGACUGAGUAUGAGGUGUUUAAGCGUCCGUCCCUGCAGGAUGAUACCAUCCACUACGCCUCUCUGAGUCGACAGAUCUGGAGCCAGAGACCCAGCUGGUCUCCACCAGAUCAGAGUAGCAGUAAUGUUAUUUAUUCCUCGGUCAUCACCAGACCUGCAGCCAAACACGCUUUCUCCUGAUCCAGUUUAUUUCUGCCAUUCUUUGUCAAACAAGACUGAGAAGUGUUUGACCUUUUGUGUCUCAAUUACUUAUAACUUUUAGCAUUUGAUUAAAGUCGUUACACCAUGAA